AUGCCACUGAGUGCUCAGACUAGAGCCAAAUUGCAACAGUUCUGGAAGAUGGGCAAAUAUCUCAUCUUGCAUGAAAUGUCAAUGCUAGGAAAGACAUUUCUCACACAACUGUCUUGGAACAUUGAUAUAGGGAAAAUGGUGGUUGGGCAAUGUGCCAGUGAUCAUUUGUUUGGUGGCAUUAGUGUUAUCAUGUGUGGAGAUUUCCAUCAAUUCCCCCCCAUUGCUGUAGGACCCACUGAGGCUCUCUAUUUUCCUACAACAAUGCAGUGUGACUGCACUCUCCCCAACUUUGGUUGUGCAAUUUAUGAAGAAUUUCAAAAAGUAGUGGUUCAUCAAGAGCAGAUCCAGGUGACAGAUGCCAUCUGGCAUGACUUUCUACAAUGCUUGUGCUAUGGCCAAGUCCAAGCACAUCAUAUUGAGAUGUUAUGCUCUCUUGUACUCACUAACCCCAGAUGUAUGCCCACCAAUUUCUCCUCUGCACCUUGGACUGAUGCCUGUCUGGCUACACCCUGUCAUGAUGUUAAAUGGCUCUGGGAUGAGAUUGCAGUUCUAAAUCAUGCACAGAAAAAACAGAUAUGUAUUCAUUAUGAGUUACCAGACGAUGUGGAUAUGUCAGUGGGCAUGAAGGUGAUGGUCACAAAAAAUGUGCAAACUGACCUUGACAUCACCAAUGGAGCAUGUGGCACCAUUCACUUCAGUCAACCCCCUUUGGAGACCUAUUAG